GUGGAUUCGGUAGUACAACUUAAGCCAGUCAGUAAAAAUCCGCUGAAAUGUACAGAUUUUUCUUUCUCUUCGCAGUGAUACCGUUUGUAGUAUUUGCCUUGAAUCCGGCACCAUGCACUUUCAAUAGCGGCCCGCUACCGGUGAGUGUUCGGGUCGUCGAUUGUCCACCAACGGAUCCCCAGGAGCCCUGUAUCGUUGAUAUGGGAUCCAAAGUGAACAGCGAGAUCGACUUUGUGCUGGAGCGCUCCACGGCAACACUGAUCGCUUCGCUGGACAUAUUCCUGGGUAAUUUCCGAGUGCCGUGGAGUCUACCGGAGGAACAGCAAAACGCCUGUCCGGAUCUGCUGGGAGGGGUUUCUUGUCCGCUGUCGGACGUCGGCAAUCCGAUUACUUACAAUCUGAUAACGAAAGUGUCCGCUCCGUUCGCCAACGUUACCGUCGAUAUGGAACUGAUGCUGACCGACGAUCAGGACCAGGCGGUGUUUUGCUACCGUUCACAGGCUACCGUUGUGUGAGCUGACUGUUUCAGCACUUUGAACUACAAAAGUUAAGUAGGCAUA